AUGGCGGGGCGAGGGUACCCUGCCAUUCUUCCUCUUCUUUUCCUCUUUCUUGUCCUGGUGGGAAGCCUCCCUGAAGUGAAAGGUUUUGGCUACUUGUCUGGAUAUCGCCUCAGGUCCCGUUUGCAGAGGGACCGUCACUUCAGAAACGUCCGACCCAAUAUCAUUCUGAUUCUCACCGAUGAUCAGGACAUGGAGCUGGGUUCAAUGCAGGCCAUGAACAAAACUCGUCAAAUCAUGGAGAAAGGCGGCACACAUUUUUCGAACGCUUUCUCCACGACACCCAUGUGCUGCCCGUCCCGGUCCUCCAUCCUGACAGGGAAGUAUGUGCACAACCACCACACUUACACCAACAACGAGAACUGCUCCUCACCUUCAUGGCAGGCGCACCACGAGCCCCACACAUUUGCUGUGCACCUUAAUAACUCUGGUUACAGGACAGCCUUCUUUGGGAAGUAUUUGAACGAGUACAAUGGCUCCUAUGUGCCCCCUGGCUGGAAGGAAUGGGUGGCACUGGUGAAAAACUCACGCUUCUACAACUACACCCUCUGCAGAAACGGAGUACGAGAAAAGCACAGCAGUGACUACUCGAAGGACUACCUGACAGACAUCAUCACCAACGACAGCAUCAACUACUUCCGUAUGUCCAAGAGGAUGUACCCUCACCGGCCCAUCAUGAUGGUCCUGAGCCAUGUGGCUCCGCACGGUCCAGAGGACUCGGCUCCACAGUACAGCUCUGCCUUCCCAAACGCCUCGCAGCACAUAACCCCAAGCUACAACUAUGCUCCAAACCCAGACAAGCACUGGAUCCUGCGCUACACUGGACCAAUGAAGCCUGUCCACAUGCAGUUCACCAACAUGCUGCAGCGCCGGAGGAUGCAGACUCUGCUGUCUGUGGACGACAGCAUGGAGAAGCUGCACAACAUGUUGGUGGACACAGGUGAGCUGGACAACACCUACCUCAUUUUCACCUCUGACCAUGGCUACCAUAUUGGCCAGUUUGGUUUGGUGAAGGGCAAAUCGAUGCCUUAUGAGUUUGAUAUCCGCGUACCUUUCUACGUACGAGGACCUAAUGUGGAGCAAGGCACCAUUAACCCUCACAUCGUGUUAAACAUCGACCUGGCACCAACUCUUCUGGACAUGGCUGGUGUCGACAUUCCUGCAGAAAUGGACGGCAAGUCCAUCCUCAAGCUGCUGGCCACAGAGCGACCCGUGAACAGGUUUCAGCUGAACAAGAAAAAUAAAACAUGGAGAGAUUCUUUCCUGGUUGAGAGAGGGAAACCUCCACACAAGAGGAACGAUGGGAAGGAAAUGGCCCAGGAGGAGAACUUCCUGCCAAAAUACCAGAGGGUGAAGGACUUGUGCCAGAAAGCAGAGUACCAGACCUCCUGCCAGCAGCCAGGACAGAAGUGGCAGUGUGUGGAGGACCCAACGGGCAAGCUGAGGCUGUAUAAGUGUAAGGGCAUGGCUGGUCUUUUUGCCCCUCGUAUGCAGGCCCUCAUGGCCAGCAGUGCCUCCACUCUGUCUCUCUCACCCAACGCUGACGGCUGCAACUGUGAAGAUAUGAGCGUCACAACACCUGACCUGAAGAAGAAGCGGGUGCUGAACAAGAAGAAUUCGUUUGUCUCGUCCUACGCAGAGCUUCAAUCCAGUAAGCCUGUGUCCAGGAGGCGCUGGGCCCGUUCUGUAUCAUUCGAGCUGGAUGGAGACCUAUACGCUGUCGACCUGGAGCAGGGCUACCGAGCCCUGGGAUCCAAGAACAGCAGCUGGACCAGUGACAGGAGGCGAGGAGGAGCAGGAAACGAGGACGAUGGAGAAGAAUUCAGUGGGAUGGAAGUCACAGCCAAACCCACCACACUAGACAAGCUCACACUACCUGCUGCUUUGAAAGUCACUUACAGGUGCUCCAUCCUAAUGAAUGACACAGUGAAGUGUGACGGGGGUCUCUAUAAGUCCCUUCAAGCAUGGAAGGACCACAAGCUGCACAUUGAACAUGAGAUCGAAACUUUGCAGACCAAAAUCAAAAACCUCCGUGAGGUCAAAGGUCACCUGAAAAAUGUGCGGCCAGAGGAAUGUCAGUGUAACACUCCCAGCAGCUAUCUCCUAAAAAACAAAGAAGCAAACCGGCUUCAAGCAGAACAAAUGCUCUCACUCAGAAUGGCUUCCAAGCAGAAGACUCAGUGGCUGCAGAAAGAACAAAAACGCAGGAAAAAACUGCGUAAGUUCCUCAAAAGGCUCCAGAACAAUGACACCUGCAGCAUGCCCGGCCUCACCUGCUUCACCCACGACAACCAUCACUGGCAGACCGCCCCCUUCUGGACAAUGGGUCCAUUCUGUGCAUGCACCAGUGCCAAUAACAACACAUACUGGUGCCUCAGGACCAUCAACGACACUCACAAUUUCCUGUUCUGUGAAUUUGCCACUGGCUUCCUGGAAUACUUUGACCUCAACACUGACCCCUACCAGCUGAUAAACGCCGUGAGCUCUCUUGAUCGCAACACUCUGAAUUCACUGCAUCAACAGCUCGUGGGCUUACGGGGCUGCAAGGGCCAUAAACAAUGCAACCCUGAGAAGGGGGGAAAAGAGAGAAACCACUCCAGUGACUACAGGCCAGCUCAUCGUCGAAAGAGGCCAAAAGUGAAGAAGCCCUCCUCCAAAUCGCUGGGGCAGAUUUGGAAAGGGUGGGUUGGUUAACCAACCACAUCCCACCACCCACCAAACUGGCAUCUUCCAGCAGAAGAAUGAUGAACCAUUCAUUCCAGCAACAGGACCUUGACUUCACUUCACCGGACCGGAACCUGAGAUGUAUUCAACCUGCGUUUAAGUUUUGGAAGAGCAGCUCUUUGUAGCUUUUGCCCAAGUGGAGGAGACACUGAGUUUAAAAGAUGAAAUACAUCUCAUGACACUUUGAGUUUGUUCCUGCAGAAGGAUGCCGUACAUGAGUGGGAAGUUUGGUAUCCACAAACCAUCCAGUCUGACACUAAUGUUUGUAGAUAGUUGACAGGAUGUUGCUUUAAUCAGCUUUAUUUCAUGGAAAACAGGACUGUGUGAAGAUCUACAGGUCCACUUCGCUGCUCACAACCAUGUCGUGGCCCUCAUAUCUCCGUGGCACAUGCGGACGAUGAACUAAAACCCAUGAACUCACAGCAACAUCUCCUCCAACAUGUUUGCACAUGGAACCGAUGUGGACUUUGUAAUAAAUUACUGUACAAGACUUUUCGUCGUAAUCUUUUGUAUUAUAGUUGAUCUUAACACCAAUGAAUGUCUCUUAUGAAAAGUCCUCUGCCUCACAGCUGUGAGAUGUGACCAGAGCGUGUCCACACCAACCACCGACCCGACAGUAGUCCCCCAUCAACACGAAGCAUCAUUAGUGGA